CAUAACAACAACGACGAUCAGCGGAGGUCGAAUAGUUAAGCCAGAGACCUUCUUCGCUACGCUGCAGAUUCGGCGGUGGAGUCGAGAAAAUGGCCGACAAUUCGACCUGCUAUAACGUCGUUUGCCGAUACUUCAAAAAAGGAAUUUGUCGAGAGGGGAGCAAGUGCAGAUAUAAACAUAUGGAAGUAGUUAGGAAUGAAACUGCUCCUAGCGAGUCUGGAAGUUCACAGGACUCGUCCGCAUCAUACGUGAACAUUGAGUGUUAUUAUUUUAAGCGUGGGAAUUGUAGGUUCGGUAACAACUGUGGGUUUGCACAUAACCCAGACAACUAUUUAGAAGAAUCAGAUUCUGAUGCUUCUACCAAUGGUUCUUUAUCAAAUAAAAAUGUGGAAACUAGUUUGGUUGCAGCAGAAGAAUGGGUAAAAGCUCCAGAGUUUGUGCCAUCUUCGAUAAAUUUUAAUGUAAAUGUACCUUUCUCAAUGGAAGAUUUUGCAUCUGCCACACAUCCUAAGUCUUAUGCUCAAGCUGUUAACCCAUCUUCAGGACAGUCUACGUUCUCUGCCAAUGAUCCACUAUGCCUUAGCUUUUGCACAACCGUCAACUGCCCAAAUCUUCAUGGAGAUAUUUGUGACAUGUGUGGCCUACGUAAUCUUCAUCCUUAUAAUGAAGAUUUAAGAAAGAUGCACAUAAGUACAUGUAGUAUGGAGAACCAUGAAUUUAAUAUGACGUUUAAAUUUGAUACUCAACCUAGUCGAGAACUCACUUUCUCACUGGAAAAUUAUGCAUCUGCCAAAACUCCUAUGUCUUAUACUCGAGCAGUUAAUUCAUCUUCAGGACAGUCUACGUUCACUGCCGAUGAUCCACUAUGCCCUAGUUUUUGCACAACCGUCAACUGCCCUAAUCUUCAUGGUGAUAUUUGUGACAUGUGUGGCAAACGUAAUCUUCACCCUUACAAUGAAGAUUUAAGAAAGCUACACAUAAGUGCGUGUAUGGAAGAACACAAAAUUGAUAUGGAGCUUUCAUUUGCUAUCCAACGUAGUAGAGAAAAGUCUUGUGGUGUUUGUUUUGAAACAAUUAUGGAAAAAUCCAAAGGUGAACAAAGGUUCGGAAUUUUACCAAAUUGUAAUCACUGUUUCUGUUUGACUUGCAUUCGCAAAUGGCGCCAAUCCAAACAGUUUGACAAUAAAAUUAUCCGAGCAUGUCCAGAGUGCCGGGUGCCAUCCGAUUUUGUUUGUCCUAGUAUGUAUUGGGUUGAUACGAAAGAUGAAAAAGACAAAUUAAUUAUGGAUUACAAGGAUGCAUUGAGUACCAAAGAUUGCAAAUACUUUAACAAAGGCAGAGGAAACUGCCCAUUUGGUAAUAAAUGCUUUUAUCUUCACGCUUUACCAGAUGGCACAAAGGCUGAUGUUGGUCCUCCAAUUCGACAACGUCGUAAUGCUGAUAAUGACAUUGAUGUUUUUCACCAAUUAUUACUCUGGGAUUUCAUGGAUGAGAGGGAUAACUUUUGGAUGUACGACUUUGAUGAUUUACGAGACUUUGUCAAUAUCGUAUCAGACUCCGAUGAUUCUGAUUUGUCUGAAUAUGAUCUAUACUUUGACUAGUCUCCUACCUUUUGUACACUAUCAAGAUGCAUUGCCAGCAAAUUCUGCGUAGCCUUUCUCUUAUCUAAAAGACUGGAUAGCGAAAUGAGAGGACCUCCAGAGUGUAUGAAAGGAUAAAAGCUAAAAAAUUUAGAAGAUCAGCCGCUUGCUAUUGCGUAAAACUUCUAUAUUCGAGUAUAGACUUUUUUGGAGUAUAUUUUAUUAACGCUCGUCUCAUGAUUAUUCAAGGCUGAAUCAGUUCUUUAUUCGGUACAAUUUAAUAGUACGAAAUACUUACAUGAGACGCUUAAUCAAGACUAAAAAAAAAAGAAAAAAAAUUGUAAAAGAAAAGAUAAACUAUGUGAUUGUGGAAGAUUUAAAAUCUAAACUCGGUGAACUUAAAAUAAUGUUAGCCUGCUACUUUAUCUGUUUUUAAAAUAAUUAUCGUUGACGUUGUUGAUAUAAUAUUAUACUGUUAUUAACCUCGGAGAGUCGUUAUACUCUAUUAUUUUUUGAAAAAUUCUAGCUUCGGCUAAUUUAACUUUAUUGUUAAUUAUCUCCAAGACAAACAUAUGCCUAUUGACGUUAUGUUUCUUAAAUAAUAAAAGUAGCAGGUUAACGCACAGUUCUGGUUUAAAUAAAAUAAUGUUUCGGGAAAAAAGUGAAAGAGGUUCGCUCGUUCGUUCACGCGUUUUUUUUUUUUGGCGAGUCUU